AUGGAGGGUGAGAAGGAUGCCCUGGGUGUGGACUGCACAGUGGUGCAGAGCAUUGCUCUGGGAUGCAGGCUCACUGACGGGGGUUGCCUUUCCGUGCUGCCAAAAGCAUCUGCUUCCAGCAACAGCGACGCAAGGUGGCAGCCAUCACGGGCUUGGACAAUUUAUGAAAACCGAAUAUACAGCCUUAAAAUAGAAUGUGGACCUAAAUACCCAGAAGCACCCCCCUUUGUAAGAUUUGUAACAAAAAUUAAUAUGAAUGGAGUUAAUAGUUCUAACGGAGUGGUGGACCCAAGAGCCAUAUCAGUGCUAGCAAAAUGGCAGAAUUCAUAUAGCAUCAAAGUUGUCCUGCAAGAGCUCCGGCGCCUAAUGAUGUCUAAAGAAAACAUGAAACUCCCUCAGCCGCCUGAAGGACAGUGUUACAGCAAUUAAUCAAAAAGAGAAACCACAGGCCCUCCCCCCUCCCCCG